CUUAUACACCGGGCCUGAUGUAACUUAUUGAUCGACAUUUAGCGGUGUUAUACCAGUAUGAGUCUACCGGAAAUAGAAAAAUGUCAGAAUCCGAAAGUAAAAAGAAGGCUAAGGCUUUGAUGGCCAACAAGGAUAAACUCGAGGAGGAAAUAAAGGCAUUGACGGAUCUUCUAGAAUCUCAAAAGGAAGUUGGCAUGACAGAAUCUUUGGUAGAUGAAGAGCAGUUCCCUAGGGCAGAUAUAGAUGUCUAUAGCGUGCGCUAUGCAAGAAAUAGGAUAAUUUGCUUGCAGAAUGAUCACAAAGCCUUAAUGAAAGACAUAGAAGAGGUGUUGUACCAGGUACAUGCUGAGGCAAGACUCCAAGAUGUUACACAUAUGGACACUGGUGCUGACCAGAGUGUACCAGAUGCUGCAUCACAACAGACACCAUUUGCUAAGGUUGAUAGGGUUGAUGAUGGAUCGCCAUCCUCAAAGUCAGGUCUAUUAGUUGGUGAUGAACUGUUACAGUUUGGGUCCAUAUCAAAAGAAAAUUUUACAUCUUUACAAAGUAUUGGAGCAGUUGUACAACACAGUAUUGGGAAAGCAUUAUCAUUACAAGUUCUACGGAGUGGCAACGUUGUUCACCUCUCUCUGACCCCACAAACCUGGAGUGGUAGAGGAUUACUGGGGUGUAAUAUUGUUCCAUUAAAGUCCUAGCUGCAGUGUAAAGUGUGUGGCCAAGGCCAUGUUGAACGCGAUGUACAAUUUGUUAAUAUACAUGUAUAAUACCAAAAUGAAGGCUUUCUAAUGAAGGCUAGAAUGUCAUGAGAACUAUGGCAUAAGCAGGGGACGGGGAUGGUGUCAUGAGGACUAUGUCAGGAGGACUAAGUCAUGAGGACUUUGUAGCAGGGAUUUUGUAGCAGGGACUUUGUCAUGCUUGACCCCCAAAGGACUUUAUAACAGGGUCUGUAUCAUGAGCACUAUGAUGUAAUGAGAAUGAAUUAAAUAAAAAAUUGAUUGAUGUAUCAAGAGCAAAAGCCUUUUCUGGGUAAUGUUGAAUGCCAUGUUUUCCUAGUAUCUCCUGGGCUAUGAUCAAAAAUGCUGCACGGCGGCUCGAGCGCGGGACAUCUGUAUCCAUGUAAUACGCUCUACAACAAAGCGGUUUCUACAACACGAGACUACAGUAUUUUGUUUUAAAAGUGUCUAAACUGCUAAAAUGUUUUAGUUGUAAAAAUAUUUUGCUUUGCUCUAGAUGAUUGUAAUGACUCGUUAUAAACAACGACAAUCACCACGGGCUUAUAAACGUGUUGUUGGCUAUAGAACGCGGAAAGAUUCAUUAGGUACUGUAAAAAGUCUCUGAUUAAAAUUAUGAA